CUCGCGGCCCGGUACCGGUCCGUGGGGACCGCUGAUUUAAACCGAGCAUCCGCUGUAUUACGAAUAUAUGACAGAUUCUUGUUCCAGGCAAAAGCUUUUAUGUAUUUGUCGUUAAUUUAAUAAUUUGUAAUGAACUGUAGGGCUGUUGUUUUGUUUGACACGAGCCCACACCGGGACGUCCCCGGAUAGAGUCCCGCUGCGGCUGUUCUGAAUGAAUACUCCGAUAAAGGCCCAACGAUCAUACUGUGAAAUGAUUAAAUGACGGAUCAUAUCGACAGGACGGUUUAUAACAAACCAGCUUUGAAGCAAACCGCUCGCUGUGAUGAGACUUCUUCAACCGGAAGUGUCCCAAUUUGUUCACGUACUGGUGUCGCCAUUUUCAAAACAGUUGAGCUUUAUUGCGCACAGCAGAAUUGUUCAGCAGAGACGUUUAAAUAAAGACUCGGAUUGAAUAAUUGAAGGUACAGCCCUUAGUGAACGCUGCGUGCUGGGUGAUCGUCUGCGGUUUAUUAUACUGGGAGCGCGCUUCACUAAUAUUACAGUAACUAGUUACCUUCUCUGGAUUACAUUAGCAACCUUAGCUAAGGCUACAGCUGGAUAGCUAGUUACAUUGUGGUAAAUACAGGUUUAAGAAGACUGAACUUUAGUUGCUGAUAAAACGUAGAGCAGUUGUUUGAUGACACAAUAAAGACACCACGCGUUACCGUGUCCGUCAUUACGUGGUGCUUUUAAGACACUAGAUUAUGUUGUAAUAAAAAAACAUUAGCUUUUUACACACUGGUCAAAUAAACUGUGCACCUCUGUGUGAGCUUUUCUCAUCCCCGUAUUACUUCAGCAUGUUGCCAAUGCACAGAAGCUGUGGUUGGUGCAGUCGCCCUGAAACCUCCAACAUGAUGGAGCUACCCAACUACAGCAGCCAGCUGAUGCAGCAGCUGUGGGCCUUGAGGAAGGAGGACCACUUCUGCGACUGCACCAUCUUGGUGGGAGAGGGUCGUCAUCGCGCACAUAAACUGGUGCUGGCUGCCUCCAGCAUGCUUUUCAGGUAGACCGUGAUGACAGGUCUCUCCUGGAUGGCUCCGACACCAUCUCCAUCGACACAGCUGUGGUUUCCUCGCAGGAGUUUGGCUGCCUCCUGGACAUGGUCUACACUGGGAAGCUGCCUCCAGGCAAACACAAUGUCAGUCGCAUAGUCUCCGCUGCAGACAGCCUGCAGAUGUAUGACGUGGCUGUUGGCUUUAAGCAAGUCCUCACCAGCCUGGUGAACCAGAAGCCCCCAGUAUCAGUGAGCUCUGCUCAUGUGCCAAACCUCACCGUGACCAACAAAGCCCCGGAUAUGAACCCUGAAGGCUCAGCCUCGCCCAGCAAGCACAACCUGACUUCAGACCAGGCGGAGGUGACGGAAGAGCUGAAAAAAGAAUCGUUUGAGCAUGACAGCGAUGACGCAGACGAGCCAGCGAUUAAAAGGGCCCGCAUGGAGCUCCCUGACACAUCAGGGCCUGAAGACAUCAAAUCCUCAGAAGGUGCAGACACGUCGGCAGCCAGGCUGUCCAGCGAGCCCGGUCUCCUCGCCGACAUGUCGUCUGUUGUGGAACUGCUGAGCCAAGCUGCAGAGAGCCUGACAGAAAGAGAAAGACAGGUUGUGUGUCAGUGCUGUGAGGAGGCUGAUCCCAGCUCCGUGUUGGAGAAGCUGAUGAGUAAAGUGAAAGAGGGUCAGAUGGGAGAGGAGGGGCUUAUCAAGCUGCUACGCACAGUCAAGCAGAGCGCUUCAUCCUCCUAUCCCACACAGCUGCUCCCUCUGCUGGAGGAGCUGGAGAGGAGCAUGCGGCAGCCCGAUGACAGCCAAACUGGAGCUGACUCAGAGCAGAAGAACAGAAGUGAAGAUCGUGUCCAGGAAGAAGUGGAAGAUGAAAACAGUGACGAGGUGGAGAACAAGGAGGAGCAGAAAGAUGCAGCUGUAGCAACAGAGUGUUCCCCUCCCUGCUCCUCUCCUCCCUCCUGUCACUCCAAACCUUACUGCUGUCACUGGUGUAAGAAGAGUUUUGAUUACAAGUGUCGAAUGCUAGCUCACAUGAAGCGCUGCUCCCUGUCCCAGGAGUGUGGGCAGCAGUGUCCCGAGUGUCCUGAGAAGCUGUCUAAGCGGGCCCUGCAGCGCCACCGGGCCGAGGCUCACCGCAGUGCCGCUCGGGUCAAGAAGAAGGUGGCCUGUGACCUCUGCGGCCGCACCUUCGCCCACCCGUCGGGUAUGAUUUACCACAAGCGCACUGAGCACUUUGAAGAGAAGCCGUUUGCUUGUGAUGAAUGCGGCGCCAAGUUUGGUGCAAACUCAUCUCUGAAGAAUCACAUGAGGCUGCACACAGGGGAGAAACCCUACCACUGCAAACACUGUGACAUGAGUUUCAGCGUGGCUGCUGCACUUGCAUACCACACCAAAAAGAGACACUCUGAGGGGAAGAUGUAUGUGUGCCAGUACUGCAAGGCUGUCUUUGCCCAGUCCAUAGAGCUGACGCGUCACGUGCGAACACACACGGGAGACCGGCCCUAUGUAUGCCGAGAGUGCGGCAAAGGCUACAGCCAGGCCAGCGGACUCACUGUGCACCUGCACACCUUCCACCACCUGUCAGAGCCCCACGACUGUCAGAAGUGCUGUCUCAGCUUCUCGUCGCUGGAGGAGCAUCGGCAGCACAUCCAGGAGUUUCACCCAAAGGAGUUCCACAAGUGUCCCACCUGCAGUAAGCUGUUUACGAGCGCCGCCCUCCUGGACAAACACAAGCCCACGCACACUGGGACAAAACCCUUCAGCUGUGACCUCUGCAACAAGUCAUACCAGCAACUGUCAGGACUGUGGUACCAUAACAGGACUAACCACCCCGAUGUGUUUGCCAACCACACCCGGCAGCUCAAGAACCUGCUCCAGUGUGAUGUCUGCUUCAAGUUCUUCCCUAGUUCCGUCAGUUUGGCCAAACACCAGGCUGCUGAGCACCAAGGCUCUGUGGCUGUGCUGGGUGGAGAUGAGGACAUGCAGGAGAACAUCUGCACGCAGCAUAUCAGCAGUGAGGCAUUCGGGUGCUCCCUCUGCUCCACGCUCUGCUCCUCUCAGCUUAAGCUGCAGGAGCACCUGCUCUCCUGCCAUGUGGAGACACAGCAAGAGCAGGAGAGCCGGGAGGAAGAGCAGGCCUCCACCUCCUACACGGUCAUACCAGCCAAUCCAACAGGGAGCAGACAGGAAGGGGCGGAGUCUGAGGAGCCAAAGCAGCAGGGAGUUGGUCAGCAGGUGUUUCUAGCUCUGGCAGAUGGGCGAGAGGUGAAAUCAUCAUCAGCAGAGCUGGUGGAGGUGAACAUGUAUGACCUUCUGAACAACUCUGUGGCCUUCAUCUGCGAGGACAAACCAGCAGGCUGCGACUCUUAGCUGACAUAAAACAUCAAAUUACACAACACUGGCUGCUGAGCUUGUCUGUCCCAGUCCCAGCUAAUGACAGCCCAUCAUUUUCACAGUCUGCUCACGAGUUACUGACACACUCAGUGGAAGUAUAUAAGGGUUGUGUUGUUUUCAAGUCAGCACUGCAUAAAGACAUGAGAGCAGUGAUGUUCCCUGCUCUGUCUGCGGCUCUCAGCACUGAGCUCACUACAUAUACAGGUUUACAUUGUCCUUAAACAUUAGGAACAUUUGUUAGACACUGACUCCACACGUGGGACUAAAUCACUAAACCGUGAAAGUUUAUGGUCACUGUGGGCUGGUAUCUGUGGACGCUAAUAAACAUGAAAUACUUGAUGCUGCUCUGUGGGAUGUUUCCUGCUGUUGUAGCUCUAAAACGACUGCAUUUAAGAUUUCUCACAUCAAAUAGUUCACACUUGUUUAUCCUGUUCAACGGUCAGUAUUAGACCACAAACCAUCGUUAAUUGCAAAUAAAGAGACGUGUGGCUUUA